GCCAUGGACGCCGACGACGCGUCUCUGCAGACGCAGGAAAAGGAACACCAAAGAAGCCAGGCGAUAUUUGAUGAACUCUCCAUACAGAAAGGUGUCGUGUCGUCGGAACAAGCGGAGCCGGGAGCUGGCGGGGCUGGACGCGGGCGCGGCGCGCGCUAGUCGGCCCACGCCGCCGCACUUGACCUCGGUACAGGCCGAGCAGAUACUGGCGCAGGCCUGCGAGAACGAGAGCCAGAACGCCAAGAGGAUGCGGCUCGGCCUGGAGCCCAUCAGCCAGCCGCUGAUCCAGCCGGCCAGCAGUCCGCAGCUGACGACGACGGCCUCGAGCGAGCGCAGCACGUACGAGGUGGCCAGCCGGCUCGCGCCGGCGGGUGAGCGGGCGGCGCGCUCCGACGGUAGCCUGCACGCGCUGGUGCCCGACCGGCCGGUGGCCACCUCGGCCGAACAGCUGCCCGUCGCCAGCGCCCUCUACCCGCCCAACUUCACACAGGCGUUCGGCCAGAUGUUCGCCGGCAUGCUGCCCGCGCCUGGCUUCCAGCUGCCGCCGAACGGGAAAGUCAGUGAUCUGUUCGCCAAGAAGCCGCCGCCCCGGCCGCAGCUCAGCGCGGCCGAGGUGGCCGCCGUCCGCCAGAUGAUCAACGGCUACCGGGAGUCGGCCAAUUUCCUGCGCCGCUCGGCGGACGAGCUGGAACUGCUCAUUCAGCAGUCUGGCCACUAGGCGGCGGCACGGCCGCUUUGCCUCGGGUCGACGAGCUUGAAACAAUUGCGCUCAGGUCAUCUCUCGCGGCUGGCGAGCAGCCGCGACAGGUGGAGGCGGCGUUCACGGCUGAUCGGUCUCAACCCGACCUGGGAGACGUUCGAGGCGAGAUGUGAAGCGCUUCGCAGCGCUUGGCGCGAAGCCCGCCGGUGCUCGCGGCGUGGGCAGUGUGCCCACUGCCAGCGAGAUGUGUUCGUGAUCUCGCCAUUCAGUGUGGAGCGGGCACUGGCUGUCCGGAGAGGCGCGGCCGGUAUCUGACCAAUCAGAGUGAGCCGCGGCGCCCGGGCAGCCAAUCCCAAACCGUCACGAUAUAUCAUUCGGCACCGUCCCCACCUUGUCGGAUCAGUGUUUGUGUUGCUUUCUAGACGUGCGCGUAGCUAUAGGUGUUGGCUGGUCCGGCCAGCCGUUAUUUUGAAAUUGCGGGCGGUCCGCAAGUCCCGAACAGCACGGCCAUUCGUCUCGACAGGUUGCAGUCUUCCCAUGACAAACGCAGGUCAGUUCGGCUAUAUAGUCCGUGUGCUACAGUACAGCAGGCGCCUCGCCGGGGCGUGGCGGCGGCAGCGUUUCCUUGGUGUCGUGUUCUCACCGCCGCGGUACCUGGGCGCCCCGGAACGGCCGGCGCGAGGACCAUGGGGGCCCGACCGCCCCUGCCUGCGCCGAGUUGGUGUGAUGUACCUCCGUGCUGGGCGCACCAGCGCGCCAGCGCCGGUCUAGUCCAAGCAUUGGUCGGUGUGAGUCAGUUACCUCCGUGUUAUCAUUUUCCUGCGGCAAAGAAAUACAAGUAUUUUCGUGCUGA